AGGGCCGGCAUGGCGACGAAGUGCGUCCUGCUGGGCCCGGUCCUGGUGCUGCUCUGGGUGUCUGUGGCUUGGGCUGAGGUCCUGGUGCAGCCAGAUUUUGAUGCCAAGAAGUUCUCAGGCCUCUGGUACGUGGCCUGCAUGGUCUCCGACUGCAAGGUCUUCCUGGGCAAGCAGGACCACCUGCUGAUGUCCACCAGGUCCAUCAAGGCCUUUGCGGGUGGCAACCUCAGUGUCCACAUGGAGUUCCCUCGGGCUGACGGCUGUCACCAGGUGGAUGCCGAGUACCUAAGAGUGGGCUCUGAGGGCCACUUCAGAGUCCCAG